AUGGGCAUCGCGGGUUGCGUUCAAGCUGGUCCAUCCGGCGUCGAGAAAUCCUUGGCACAAUGGGCCACUGAUCACUUGAAGAAACAUGAAAGACCACUUCGCAUUACUGUCGGUGCAGCCCAUUGGCAGUUCAAGAAUGUCUCUAACGCCCAGGAAGCUGCUAUUCAACAACAAUCACUAGGUUCCCACCCACAAGAGAAGGCCAUCCUCGAACGUCUGCUGCCGUUGAUGCGGCUCGGUAUCCAUGUGGUAUUUGUCUUCGACGGCGAACAGCGCCCAAAAAUCAAGCGGGGCUCCAAACGGUACGGUCAACGAGAGUCAACCACCGCUCUCAUAAAGAACACGCUGGAUCACAUUCUCGUACCUUGGCUCCAGGCACCAGGCGAAGCUGAAGCUGAAUGCGCUUUACUCCAGCAACAAGGUCUCGUCGAUGCAGUCUGGUCUGAGGACGGCGAUUGCUUCAUGUUCGGCUCCACUGUUGUCAUUAGAGACCUGCGGGAUACCAAGAACCACGAGUCCAAGGAGCAUGCGCGAAUCUUCGACAUGAGAGAAAUCCGUCGCUUGAAGGCUGGCCUUUACAAUGAUAAAAGUGUCGCCUGUUUCGCUAUGCUCACUGGCUGCGACUACGCCCCCUCCGAACUCUUAGGCUGCGGGACACGUCUCGCUCAAGAGCUUGUCAGAGACGGCGGCCUUGUCGAGAGCUUCUGUCGUAUCCAGACGCUUCCUCAAAGGAAUCAAUGGCGAACGCGCUUGAGGAAUUCUAUUGAGAAAAUCACCAGCCUGACAGACCUGCACUUCAACAAGGACAAGUCCAAUAUCAUGACUUUCCCUGAUCUUGAUGCCCUCAAGAAUUGUCGUUCGCCCGCAGUGUCCACCUCAGACACACUCAAAAGGCUCCCUUUCCUGCAGGGCGAGUGGUAUGGCACCCGCACCACGAACAGCCUGGCAACCACGAUUCCUUGGAUGCAGCAGUACUACUUUUCGAGAAUGACCACUAUUUGGUGGAUCAGGCAGUUCACACCCAUGGUAUUGAACCAGAGGCUUCUCAAAGGCGAAUUUCAAGCUCUCGACCUCGUCGCCAAGGUUGCACAAAAACGUAAGGAGCGCCCAACGAGUUCCAUCGAACUGGAUCCCUGUAAUGUGUUCCCCGGUAUCGAGAAUGUCUUCAUCGAAUCCGAGGGAAAUCUUCUAGUGAACAGAUUGCGAAGCGACCGCGAAUUGGCGGGCAGUCCGAUCGAGAAUGGGAAAUUUGACAUGCUGGACGCAAUUCUAGGGCUUGGGAUGUCCGACGAAACAUACCAGGCGUGGAGGAAGAAAAAGAGGUCACCUCCGGCAGCCAAGAUUCAUCCGGCACAUUCAGCGCGGGCACCCCUACCUCCUCAGAUGAGUCUCGGCAGCCUAGUUCCUUCCAUUAACAGUUUUCAGGCAAAAGGCGGUGUUCUUGACGACUUAACGGAGCCUUCUAACAUCGCCUUUGGUGUUGAUGGAGCUGAAGUCAUUUCGCCAGACCUUCUGAAGCUUCAAAAGCAGAUUCUUGCGGAAUGCCAGGCCAACAAGAUUCGAACUUCCUCUAUAGAGCCUCGAGGCAAUAGUCGCAAUAGUCGCAUUGCCUGCCGUACCGGCUACUGCAAGCCCAUCCGGUCGUUCCAAGCUCAAGACUGCAAUGCCAGCAACUCCCUCGAUAUCAGAAACAAACGACCUGCAAAGCUCGGAGCAAACCGGAGUCUCAAAGAGACAACGAGGGGUACGGGAUACGAUGGGAGUAUUGCCCUUCGAUACGGCAGUGCUUACAGCCUCGACAACGACGAUACUCCCUGUGAGUCGGCCUCAGCCAAGAAGAGAAGGCUGGAGGAAGCCAAUGUGGAGGAUGUACGAACCGAGGCCCCCGGGAUGAGAGCAAGAUGCAUGCUUCUUGAGGUUGAGAUGGACUCCUCUCAGGAUUCCAUUCGGGCUACCAAGGCGAAAGGAGACGGGCGAUGUAAGCCUGCUAUCGUGGAUGAUGAUACAGGUACCUCCGGAGCGCGGGUGCAUGGUGGCGGAACAGUUGACGAUCCAUUCGAGGUCUUGUAA